UCUUUGCAUUAUAUUGAUUAUAAUAACAAUUUUCCUGUAAGCCCUAACUUAGUACUUAAAAAUGGAUUGCUUCACCACGAAGUGACCCUAACCACACUCAAAACAACCACCUCCCAUGGAGGCGUCUUCUCAGUUCAACACCAUCCCUUCCAAUUUACCCUUCCUUUUCAUUCUCUUAUUCUCAAAUCUCUUCACGUUGUUCCUUUCCUCCACCUUCUACUCAUCCUCAUGCACUCCCGGUUUUUCGGCCACUGCCGCCACUGUACCCCCUCCUUCUGACGACCUCCCGCCGGAAUUCUUGGCUUUCACUUCUGGUCAACGUCUCCCACUAGGCUUCAACCACAACUUCGCCUCCGACACCAUCCACCCUCCCGUCGGCAAUGGCUGCACCCUCUCGCCCGUCGAGCUCCGUCGCUUCAUGUCCUACCAAGUCAACGGCUCCUGCCCCGAUGACGAGCUCCUCGCACAGAAACUCCUCCUCAAGGGCUGCGAGCCACUCCCCCGCCGCCGCUGUCGUCCCGCAGCGCCGCGUAACUCCAUCGAACCGCUCCCUCUGCCAUCCAGCCUAUGGUCCACCCCGUCAGAUUCCUCGGUGGUCUGGACGGCCUACACCUGCAAAAGCUACGAAUGCCUUAUCAACCGCAAAACACAAAAGGGCUUCGACGAUUGCAAGGACUGCUUCGACCUGAACGGCCGGGAGAAGCAGCGGUGGACCUCCAAGAAAUCCAAGGGUCUCGAUUUUAGCAUCGACGACGUUCUGAGAACCCGCAAACCCGGGUCGAUACGGAUCGGGCUGGACAUCGGAGGCGGAGUGGCAUCAUUCGCGGUGAGGAUGAGAGAAAGAAACGUGACGAUCGUGACAACGUCGAUGAACCUGAACGGACCUUUCAAUAACUUCAUAGCUUCUCGUGGGGUGGUUCCUCUGUUCAUGAGCAUAUCGCAGAGGCUUCCGUUCUUCGACAACACGCUGGACAUUGUGCACUCGAUGCACGUCCUGAGCAACUGGAUCCCGGAGACGCUGCUCCAGUUCUUGUUGUUCGAUAUAUACAGAGUUCUGAGGCCAGGUGGGUUGCUGUGGCUGGACCAUUUCUUCUGCGUCGGAGAGCAGAUGAAGGAUGUGUAUGAGCCGAUGAUCAUGAGCGUCGGAUUCAAGAAGGUGAAGUGGGUGACGGGGAAGAAGCUCGAUAGGGGACCGCAGAUGAAGGAGAUGUAUCUCUCGGCUUUGUUGGAGAAGCCAUUGAACAAUUCUUGGUGACUCUACUGUUAGCAUUAGUCACGUCUUGUUUUGUUCUUCUUCUUGUUUUUUCCCCCGAGUCUAACAUUUUCAUGCACACUGUAGUUUGUUUUCUUUUAUUUAUUUAUUUUUUGUCCUGUAGGGUUAGGGGCGACGUGGAGGCAAUGCUUAGUUUUGUUGAAUAAAAUAUUUUUGACGUUAAUUUUCUCUCCUGUUCUCUAUAAGAAGAGAACUCAUUGAAAGAAUGAAAAGGUGCUUCAGUUUUUUUUUUAAUUAGGUUCUUUCUCUUAAAACGGCUUAAUGACAGAUGUUUGCUAUUGUUUAAGUCAUAUUAAUUUGUAAUCGGAAUUUCAUUUUUUACCUUGUAAUUAAUUGUAAUUUCAUUGAGAUCGCUAUAUAUGUUUUUGUUAAUUUCUCUUA